AUGUCAUUUCUUGCGGCCUUGCGAGAAGCCGUGAUUACCACAUUUAAAAUUUCCUCUGGUCGUGAACAUCACAACGUUCCCAAUAGUUCAAAAACCCUGUGUGAAAGAUGUCGAAACCGCGAUAAUCAAGAUUCAGUCGUGGCAAAAACUGUCACCUUCGCAGACGCAUCAGAACAAACUGAAGAUAGUUAUUUUUCUCAGCCGUAUUCUACCCGUUCAGCUGAAAGAACACCUGCAGACCAGUGGAUAAAUGGUGAUGCCAAAAAACAAGUCUUUAACAUUACAGGAUAUCAAGAUAACGGAAAGCGUCACUUUCAUGAUCAUUUAACAGUGGACGAAGAAAAAAACCAUUCAAAAAAUUCCGAAUCCUUUGACUUAAUGUCUAGACGUGAAGCAACUGUUGACAAUGCCUUAGAGAUCUACCGAAGUGCGAUUAGCGAUUUUGAAGAGGUAGCAGCCCAGGCAAAAAGUGCAAUGACAGAUAUUAUGCAAGAAGUUGCGCAACCAAGACUCAUUAACAUUGUUAAUGAGAAAGUGUUGGCAGAAGAGAAACUGAAGGUAGGCGUUCAUGAGCAAGAAGAAGGCAACGAUGAGGAAGAAGAGGAGGUAGUUGAAGAGGUAGUGGAAGAAGUAGAAGAAGAAGAAAAUGAGGAGGAGGAGGAGGAGAAGGAUGCAGAAGAGGAGGAAGAUACUGAUGACCAAAUAAUAGAGGAGGUAGACGAAAUCCAAUGUGAACCUUCAUCUACAUUCAAUAUACCGUUGAUCAACAUUCAUCCAAGCAGCUCUCACGAAGGUUAG